AUGUUUCAGUCGUCGCGCCGGACGUUCCGGUUUUCCGCCCGACAGAGGAAGGCAGCAGAUGGCACAGCAGAGGAAUCGCUUUCGCUGAGCCAAAGGUUGAAGAAACUCUCGAGGGAGUACGGCUGGUCGGCCGUGGGUGUGUAUCUGGCCUUGAGCGUUCUCGACUUUCCCUUUUGCUUCAUGCUUGUUAGAAUAGUUGGCACAGACAGGAUCGGGCAACUUGAGCAUUGGGUCGUCUCCAAUCUCAAGAAAGUGAUCCCUGAUUCGGUCCAGAACUGGUGGUCCGAAUACAGGGCCGCGCUUAGCAAGGCUGAAACCGAACAGCUGGGCAGCGAUGAUAUCAGUGAAGCCGUCGAAAUGGCAGGUUGGGGAGUAGAGGAGGCGGAACGGCGCAACAAGGCGGAAGCUAGCUUGGGAACUCAGCUGGCGUUGGCCUACGCAAUCCACAAAAGUUUCAUAUUCCUCAGAGUGCCUCUGACCGCGGCGGUAACACCAAAGGUUGUCAAGGUGCUCAGAUCAUGGGGAUGGCAGAUCGGCAAACGGCGGAGCAAAUAA